AUGAGCGGGCGCAUCUCUACCGGUGCGAGGAUCAUCAGAUCAAUCGUCAAGAAUGAUGCCGUGAAGACCGAUCCCCCAGAGAUCUACGGAUGGCGCGCCUUUGCCAUGGCUGGCUCCGCCUGUUUCGGAGGCAUGCUUUUCGGUUUCGAUAUCGGUACUAUCGGAGGUGUUCUCGAGUUGAAGGAGUUUCAGGAGAAAUACGAUCUUGCGGACAAGACUCCCAAGGACCGAGCCGACCUCAACGCCAACAUCGCCUCAACUCUACAAGCUGGAUGUUUUAUCGGUUGUUUCCUCGCUUCCUGGAUGGCUGAUAAAUGGGGACGCAAGCUUACACUUCAGAUCGCCGGUCUCAUCACCAUCGUUGGUUGUGUCAUUCAGGCUGCUGCCUCUGGAAGCAUUGCGGCCAUGUAUAUCGGUCGUCUCGUCGCAGGUGUCGGUGUCGGAGAAGCCUCCAUGGUUGUCCCUCUGUACAUCUCUGAAAACGCUCCUCGUGCCAUUCGUGGUGGUCUCACCGGUCUCUACCAGCUCUUCAUUGCAACUGGAACAUGUCUGGCUUUCUGGGUCAACUACGGUUCGCUGAUGCACAUCUCCGGCUCCCAGGCUGUAUACAUGGUUCCUCUUGCUCUCCAGGCUCUUCCAGCUGUUCUUCUCGUCGGCUGCAUGGCUCUGAACAAGGAGUCUCCUCGGUUCCUCGCCAAACAGGAUCGUUGGGAGGAGGCCACCUCUGUACUUGCCCGUGUCCGCAACCUGCCUGCGUCUCACGAGUACGUCGCCGCCGAGUUGAAGGAUAUUGCCGACCAACUUGAGCAUGAGCGCAUGCUUAUCGCUGGUGCCUCCAUCAAGGAUCUUCUCAAGGAGAUGUUCACCAUUCCCGGUAACCGUAAGCGCGCUCUUCUAUCCAUCGGCCUCAUGAUUUGUCAACAGAUGACGGGUACCAAUGCAAUUAACUACUACGCCCCACAAAUUUUUAAAGCCCUCGGUCUGGAAGGGAAUGAGGUGAAACUCUUCGCCACUGGUAUAUACGGCAUUGUCAAGAUGAUCGCCUGUCUUGCCUUCUUGAUCUUCGCCGCCGAUUCUCUUGGUCGACGCCGCUCUCUUCUCUGGACUUCCAUCGCCCAGGGUCUCGCUAUGCUGUACAUCGGUCUGUACAUGCGCUUCGACCCUCCCAAGGGCACUCCAUUCCCGGUGCCACCUGCUGGUUACUUUGCUCUCGUCUGCGUCUUCCUCUUCGCCGGUUUCUUCCAGUUCGGCUGGGGCCCUGUCUGCUGGAUCUACGUUUCUGAGAUUCCUGCUGCUCGUCUUCGAUCGCUCAACGUCGCCAUCGCUGCUGCCACCCAGUGGCUCUUCAAUUUCGUUGUCGCUCGUGCUACACCAAACAUGAUGACCACUGUUGGAUUCAACGGUUACGGAACCUUCCUCAUCUACGGAACCUUCUGUUUCUCCAUGUUUUUCUUCGUCUGGUUCCUGGUUCCCGAGACCAAGGGUCUGUCCCUUGAGAAGAUGGAUGACCUCUUCGGUAUCACCGAGCUCAUCAAAAACAUCGAGGCAGACCGCGAGGGCCGUGCGUCCGUCAACGAGGUCGGUCUCGACGGAAAGGAAGUCGUCCGCGAGGAGCGCAAAGAGGUUGCACCCAGCUCGCACUAG